CCGCUAGAAAACCAAUUCUUUGUAGGCGGGUGCUCUUGAGAGGCCCUCGUCCGUAAACGGGACGGAUGAACCAUACAAGGCUUAGCUAGGUCAGUUAGAUGGUGAAUACGUGUUAAACUGGGAAUUAGGCGUUAAAAACGCUGAUAUUUAAGUUAAAUCGUAGCAUUUAUUACAGUUAUCGAAAACAAUAACUAUCUUUAGAAGUUUAUUCGCCUAAUCCUGUUUAUCUUAUUACUCUGGAGCUAUGAUUUGGCUACGUUUACUGUGGUUGUUUGGACUAUUUGCAUGUUUAGUAAGCGCAACAACGCAAAAAUCCAAAGGAAGUGAAGAAACGAUUGAAAGUGAACCGGGGAUUUGUGAUGCUAUAAUAUGCAAGUCUGGCCGUGAAUGUAAAGUGCUCGAUAAUGGAAUUCCAACGUGUGUUUGUGUCGAAACCUGUCCAGACCACCACAAGCCAGUGUGCGGAUCCAACGGCGUGUCCUACGAAAGCCACUGUUUGCUACAUCGCGACGCCUGCGUAAGGGGUUCUCAUAUCUCCAUAAAACAUAAUGGCUACUGUAAAAAGGGUAAGCACCAUAAGAAGAAGGCAGAGGAUCACGAGAAACCAAUUGUAUGUUUUCAGAAUGAACGAGACUUGAUGAGACAACUAAUUAUUGAUUGGCUACAAACUAAGGUUGAGGAAGAAGGAUGGUUCAGCUCAGGAAAAUCAUACAAAACAGUAAUUGAAGAAAUCUUCCAACUUUGUGAUGCAGACCAUGAUGAUCUUUUGGAUGCCACAGAGUUUAUGGAAUGUGUGAAGAACAAUAAAACAGCAUUUCACGUGAGAGAUGGGGACAAUGCUGAUCUUGUGAGUGCUCUGUGUAUUGAUGCAAUCAUAGAAUCUACAGAUUCAGACUCUGAUUGGCUUCUCAGUCUUAAGGAAUUUGAAUCGUGCAUGGAUCCUGGAUUUGUACCGACCAAGAAACGAUGUUCUCUAGAAGAGAAAGAUUAUGAUGAUGGAGCUGAGACAACUGUAGACUGUAAUAACUGUGUUUGUGCUUGUGGAAAUUGGGUUUGUACGUCAUCUGCUUGUGAUGAUGAUGAUGAAGAUGACUCUUACGAGGACAAUGAAGCUGCCAAAACUGAAGAAUGGGACAAGUUUCUUGAAGAUUUGAAUAUAAAUAAUGAUAAAAGCACAUGAAAAAAGUUACUUACACAUUUUACAUCUGUAUUUGCUAAAGGAAAUUUACAAGAACAGUAUUUUUCCACAAUUUUGUAAUAAACUUACUAAUUUUUAUCAUCUGAUUUAAACAUCUACUAUAAAAAUGUUAAACACCUGUUUACCAAUAAACAUAAACAAAUCUACCAAAUUGAUACCAUACUUAGUUAUCAGACAUUAAUAACUUUCCUUCUCAUAAUGAAUAAUUAAUACAGUACAAGGUUUUGUAGUCUAAAUUGUUUAUUAUAGAUAAAAAUAUUCGUAUAUAUAACUGCUGUUUUAACCAAGAUAGUUAAGUGCUUUUCUGAAAUAUAAUUGCUAUGGUAUGUUUUUUUGAAGAUUUUCUAGGCUUUUUAUUGACCAUUGUGUAAUUCUUGAUUGCUUAGAGUCUUUGUAUUUGUUAAUUUUUAUAAAAACAAAACAGAAAAGUAAGAAAGCAAACUGUAAACCGGUAAGUCGCCAUAAGUGUGCCAUAAAUGCUUUUAAUCAUGUAGUUAAACAUUUUGUGUAAGUAUAUGUCAGUGUUUGGAGGUUUUGUAUGCAAAUCGAAUAAAUAUUUGUUUUGUUUUUUUA